AUGGCCAAAUCAAGUGGAGGAAAUGAAUAUGAUUUUAUAUUUAAAUUAGUUCUUAUAGGUGAUAGUUCUGUUGGAAAGAGUAAUCUUUUAUUACGUUUCACUCGUAAUGAAUUUCGUCUUGAUACUCAAUCAACAAUUGGAGUUGAAUUUUCUAAUAAAGGACUUGUCGUUGAAGGUAAAAAAAUAAAAGCACAAGUUUGGGAUACAGCAGGUCAAGAACGUUUUAAAACUGUUAUACCACAAUUUUAUCGCGGUAGUGAAGGUGCUUUAGCUGUAUUUGAUUUAACUAAACCUGAUUCAUUUGAUCAUAUGAUAACAUGGAUAGAAGAAUUACAUCGACAUACACCAGCAGAUUUACCAAUUGUAUUAAUUGGAAAUAAAUCUGAUUUAGUUGAUCAACGUAAAAUAUCGCAAGAGAAAGCAACAAAUCUUGCAAAAGAAUUAAAUGUAUCCUAUUUGGAAACAUCCGCACUUAAUGCAUCGAACGUUGAGCAAGCAUUUCAAACACUUGUUACAAGUAUUUUUUAUAAAAAAACGCCAAAAUCCUUAGAAAAUCCACCAGCAAUGACAAAAACAUCAUCAUCAACAGAGCAUGAACCAAGUAAACCUGUUGUAAAGGAAGAUCGCGUUGAAAUCGUAUCGCCUCCAGAAUCAUUUCGUCUAAAAAAGGAUAGUUCUACAAAACCUGUUCAUCAAAAAAAGAGUGGUGGUUGUUGUUAA